AUGGCCAGUUACAGCUUCAGGCAAUUUUCCUCGUCGCUAGCAGGGGGACCUGGCAUCUCAUCAGCCCGGUUCGGAGGCUCCUUCAGGGCUCCCAGCAUCCACGGGGGCUCUGGUGGCCGGGGUGUGUCGGUCUCUUCCGCUAGGUUUGUCUCUUCUGGCCUAGGAAGCAGCUUGGGAGGGGGAUAUGGAAGUAGUUUCAGCAGCAGUUUUAGUGGUGGGUUUGGUGGAGGUCUGGGUGGUGUGGACGGCCUCCUCUCGGGUAAUGAAAAGGCAACUAUGCAGAGCCUGAACGAGCGCCUUGCAUCCUACCUGGAGAAGGUGCGAGCACUGGAAGAGGCGAACUCGGAUCUUGAAACUAAAAUCCGAGACUGGUACCAAAAACAAGGCCCAGGCCCAGCUCGGGACUACAGUGCUUAUUACAACACUAUUGAAGACCUUCGAGACAAGAUCCUUGAUGCCACUAUCGACAACGCAAGGAUCGUCCUGCAGAUUGACAAUGCCAGGCUGGCUGCCGAUGACUUCAAAACCAAGUUUGAGACGGAGCAGGCUCUGCGCCUGAGCGUGGACGCCGACAUCAAUGGCCUGCGCAGGGUCCUGGAUGAGCUGACCCUGGCCAGAGCCGACCUGGAGUUGCAGAUCGAGAACCUGAAGGAGGAGCUGGCCUACCUCAAGAAGAACCACGAGGAGGAAAUGAGUGCCCUGGGAGGGCAAAUAGCUGGUGAAGUCAGUGUGGAACUGGACUCUGCUCCAGGCAUUGACCUGUCCAAGAUCCUGGCUGACAUGCGAGACCAGUAUGAAGUCAUGGCUGAGAAGAACAGGAAGGAUGCUGAGGCCUGGUUCCACAGCAAGACUGAGGAGCUGAACCGGGAAGUCGCUAUCAACACUGAGCAACUGCAGAGCAGCCAGUCUGAAGUCACUGACCUGAGACGCACCCUCCAAGGGCUGGAGAUAGAACUUCAGUCCCAGCUCAGCAUGAAAGCAGCUCUAGAGAGCACCCUGGCAGACACAGAGGGGCGUUACAGCGCACAGCUCGUGCAGAUCCAGGGCCUCAUUGGCACCAUCGAGGCGCAGCUGGCUGAGCUCCGAGCUGACAUGGAGCGCCAGAACGGCGAGUACAAGAUCCUCAUGGAUAUCAAGACUCGACUUGAGCAAGAGAUUGCUACUUAUCGACAGCUCCUGGAAGGCCAGGAGUCCCAGUAA